CUUAACAAUCGUUAUCAACAUUCAACAGCAACAAUUAAGGAAUUGCUUACAGAAUUAUUGUAAACAAAAGGGAAUAGAGCUAAACCCUUUACUGUUUUAAUCGAUAUUUUCUUGAGACACAGAAGCUCUUUGUAAGUGAGGAAUUAGAGCAAUGGAAGCUAACGCGGAAGUGGCACCAACACCUGCUGCUGCUGAGCCAGCGGCUACUGAGCCUGCUGCUGCUGCACCUGCUGUUACUGAGCCUGCUACUGCUGAGCCUGCUGCUGCUGAAGCUGAAGCUGAAGCUGCACCUGCGCCUAGACUUACACCAGUACCUGAACCUGAGCCUGUCCCUAUAGUGAUUCCUAAAAUUUACCGUGGUAUUGAAGGACCAAAUGCUCCUUAUCUAAAAAUAGUUUCAGGUGAUGGGCAUAGCUUCAUUAUCCUUAAGGAAUACGCACUUAUCUCAGGCACAAUCAAGGCCAUGUUGGCUGGGCCCCGUCCAUUUCGUGAGCGUGAGCCACAUGAAAUUCGUUUCAGGGAAAUACAGUCUCAUAUUAUGCAAAAGGUUUGCAUAUAUUUCCAGUACAAGAUUAACUAUGAAAAUAGCAUGACUGAUGUUCCUGAUUUUCCUUUGGAACCGGAGAUUGCAGUUGAUUUGUUGAUGGCAUCGAAUUUUCUAAAUUGUUAAAAAAUUCGUCAUACAUGCAAGAUACAGAAUAUUUUUUAAAAAAAGACUAAAAAAUUUAGA